AGUGACAUAUACCAGGCAGCACACAACAAAGCAAGCGAGCGCACUACUGGAGAAGCAAAACAAACAACAUACGCUCAUACAUACUUUCGUUGUGCGACUCGAGCGCGCGAACACAACACAGAACACCACUACCAGUGCAUUUAAUACCGUUUUUAUUUCAUACGGGGCGGUAAACGUAACGACGCGACGAGUAUUUUUAUUUCGUUUUUGGUGUGUGGUGCUGUUUCUGCUGCUGCCGCUGUUGUUCAGUAUUAAAGUGUUACUCAGCAUAUAAACAAGCACACACAGAACACGGAGCAGGAGGACCGAACAAGCGAGAAUUCUAACCGAAAAGUCUAUGGAAUAAAUGUUGAAAAACAAAACAACGAAGUGCUAUUGUGAUAAAACAGUAGUGUGGUCGCUUGAUUCGAUGUUAUAAUAAAAAUUGAGCAGUCAAAACUACUACCCAAAAACUAAAGAAUAUUUGCCAAAAAAAAAACAACAACAAGCUGGCAGAUAAGACAAAAACACAUUUUGUUUUGGAUCACAAUCAUUUGGCAGAGAACAACAAACCAAACAAACCAAGCAACUAACCGAACGAAUUGUAUAAUCAUCUGACAGAAGCCAAAGUGAACAAGAGAGAGAGCAAACUAUAAAAAACAAAGCAAAAACGUAAUAAAUGUCAAAACUUUUAGUGUUCAAUUGCUGCUGCUGCUGCUACUGAUGUUGUUGUUGUUAUUAUAGUGAGUUUGGCAUCAACUCCUUGUGGCAUUAACAUAACCUCAACACACGUAAACCCACACACAUACUCAAGCAGAGGGAGAAAUAUAACAAAAAGCUAUUUGGCUGAUGUUUUUACCAACACAUUAACACGUUAUUGUGGCAUUUAUUCUAGCCCAGAGUGUGCGGAUAAACAACAAAAGUUUUCAGACUUUAUUUUAUAUGGGAACUCAGACACACAUUCACACAUAAGUAAAUGCAUCGGUGUGUGUAAUCGAUUGAAUGGAAUAAGACAUAAGCAGCCGUAGUUGUGCUUUAGCGCUUGAAAACUAUUGUGACAUUUGGUAUCCAUGUGACACAUCACUCACGCUCUCUUUUCAAAGCAGAGUUGUAUUUUCUUGGGAAUUAACAUUAAUUGAAACAUUUCCAAAACAUAUCAAGGGACCAACAAAGAGUGUGAUUUAGCAGAGAGAGAGAGAAUGAAAUUAGCAACAAUGCCUAGACGAUCAUCAGGUGGAAUUUCAAAAUUGAUGGCUCCAAAGGCAACAGAAACAGAUGCUGCUGACACGGCAGUUCCCACAAAGAAGCCGAAACGACGCAAUGAACGCAACAUACUAACGUUCUAUGAAAAAAUUGCCGUCAUACGCUACUAUGACGAGACGAACAUAUCACGCAACAGUUUGGCCAAAAUGUUCCAUUGUUGUGCGACACAAAUACGAAGGAUACUGGAACGCAAACAGGAAUUGCUACAACAACUGGCCACACUGAGUGAGGCGGAUGCUUCGAUAAUUAUCGAAGAAAUGACACGAAAACGGCGAAAAUUCGAAAUGAGUGCCAUUAGUUUUAUUCUACAUCAAUGGGUGGAACGCUGUAGGCAAAUGCGUUUGCGCAAAAGCAUUACCAAUGAAACGCUAAAGGACACGGCUGUCAAAAUGGCAGCCAUUCUCAAUUUACCCGCAUUCAGACCUUCGUACAGAUGGUUGAAUCGUUUCCGUGGCAAAUACAAAUACAACGAUGAAGAUUUGGGUGCUGGAAAAGGUGCUGAUACGGUGCCGGGUGAAUUGGCCGUUGAGGAUAUUAUUAUUGAAUUUAAGGAUUCUUUGCCUAGUUUUAUGCAAAAGGAAAUCUCGGCAAUAACAUCGACAGCCAACGAGUCGCUACUCAACACAUCCCCGUCGGCGACGGUAAGUGAAAUACAAAAGUCCCUGAGUACUUCACCCAAAACCAAAGAAACAAAUCUCCGGGAGAGUAUGGAUGAAUUUGAAAUAUCCGAAGAUGAUGAGGAUGAUGAUAUGAAUGACAGUACGGAAAAGCAAAGUGAUGAGGAAGUAAUUGAAAUUAACACAGCUCCAAAUGCCAGUGAAAAUGCUACAACAAAACCAGUUAUGGAUGAAACGAAUAAUAACACAAUUCCGCCUGAAACUGAAGAGGAGAAUAAAAUCCCCGAAGCUGCCACCCAUGAAUUUCCCAUGAUGACAGCUGGCUCUGCUGCCCUUUUGCAUAGUAUUUUCCCCCAUCUGGCUGUCAUACACCAGUUUGCCUUACUCAACUCUGAUGUCAAAGCAUUGGAACUCAUCUCCCAGCUGGGCGUGCAUAUGCAAACACGGGCCGAGGAAGGUGCCUACAAGCAACUGUCGCUGGCGACAACCUCAACUAGUGGUGGUGAUGGUGCUGACGAUGAUGAUGCCGCCGUGGCCGAUGUAGAUCUCAACGGUGAUAUGAUAUAUCCCGAUAUUGAUGAUAUUGUUCUAAUUGAAUAGAAUGUACAAAUCUAUGAUUCCGUUUUUUGUUAAUUUUCAAAUUAGUUUAAGGAACCACAUGAAAUCUACCAAAUCGUUUUAAUAUGCCACCGCUGCCGUUUUUUAUACCUAAAAUCGUGAUGUAUUUAUUAAAAAUAAUAAUGAAUAGUCUUAGAGCUAAGUUAGCCUUAAAUGGACAGUUUUACUGUAAGAAAUACAAUUUUUGAUUUUUUUUUUCAAUAUAUUAUUGAAGUGAAUUGAAUUCAAGAUCACAAACCUGUCACCAUUUUUAAAGACAUCUAUAGUUAAGAUGAAUAAAUGUAAGUUAUGUGAAAUAAAAAUGUAUUUUGUUUAACAAUUUAA